UAGCUUACAUCAGUUGUUUGUUCGACAACUUCGAUUCUAUAAAUUAGGAACUUCUCUCGGAUCGGAUGACCCCUUGAUUUCAUGAAACUAACCUUUCAUUUUUAACUUCCAUCCCUUCCUAAUUGGUCCUUCCUUUUACAUUUUGCUUUUUUUUUUACCCAUCUCGGCCUCUCUAAAUCCCAUUUUCUUUUCCAUUUUAUGGUCAUAGGUUUUGCCCAAUAUUCCUUCUUUGAGUUCAGUUUCCUGGUUUCUUCCUUCUGGUUCAUUCGGCAAUUGCAUGGGAGAGAGACAGCGAAAGACAGAGAGAAAGAAAUAGAAGCAGAAAUAGAGAGAGAUGAAGAGAAAAGAAGAAAAUCUAAAAAUAAAAUCAAACGUCAGCUUUGCAUGAAGGAUGAUCAUAUUCCUUUUCUUCUCUCUCUAUCUCUAUCAUGGGCAGAGUUAGUUAUAAUAUGGCGAUCAUGCUGAUGAAGAUUAAAGAGAAUAGGGAUAUGAGAUCUCAGCUAUUAAAAUUUGGGGUGGCUUUCGCUCUUUCCUUUGCUGGCUUUCUCUAUUCCCAACUCAGAACCAGAAGAAUCCAUCCAACAACUUCCUCUCCACGCUUGCCCCUACCUCCUCCUAAAUCUCUUUCAUCUUCACCUUCAGGUGAUGGCAAUAAUUUCGACACAGAUGGAAGAGAAGACCUCAAAGAUGAUCUCUGUUCCACACAGGCACCUCUCGGUAACUGCAACGAAGCUUCCUUUCCAACCCAUGAAUUUGUAGAAGCAUCAUCCUCAUCAUCCCAUCAGAAGUUCACCAAUGAUGGUAACGUUGUUGGGCUCUCCUCAAUCAGUAAACAUUCUAGGGACGAAGAGGGAUUGCUCCUGCCGGAGUUUAACGAGCUUGUUCUCAAGGACUUCGACUUGACCUCCAACAACACCGAUAUUGGGAAAGAAGUAGCAUGUAAAAUAGCUGCAGAAAAGGAGGAGACAGAGCAAGAGAUCAUAAACCUGAGGAACAAGGUCAAAGUCCUGCAAGAGAGGGAGAAGAAUCUUGAGAUUAAAUUGCUCGAGUAUUAUGGCCUCAAGGAGCAAGAGACUGUAGUGAUGGAGCUCCAAAAUCGGCUGAAAAUUAACAACAUGGAGGCUAAGGUUUAUACUCUAAAGAUCAAGUCUUUGCAGGCUGAAAACCAGAGACUGGAGGCACAAGUGGCCGAUCAUGCAAAAUUGGUCGCAGAGCUUGAAACGGCUAGAGCAAAGAUAAAGAUGUUGAAGAAGAAGCAAAGGUCCGAUGAAGAGCAGAACAAGGAACUGAUGUCUGCCCUUCAGGAAAGCGUUGCCGAUUUACAAGAACAGGAACAGAUGGCUAUUUUAAAUGAUGCUGAUGUCCAAAAUGAAGUACAGAGAAUGAAGGAAUUGGUGUAUAAAUCUGAAGAACUCAAAAAGAUUAAUUCAAGCUUGCAGCAAGAGAAGAACUGUGAAUUGGCUGGGAGGUUGGAGUCAACCCAAAUUCUUGCCUCUUCCAUUUUGGAAGAUCCAGAGACUGAAGCACUACGGGAAGCUAACAACCGUUUGAGAAAAGAAAAUGAAGAAUUAACAAAGGAACUUGAUAAUAUUCGAUCCGAUUGCUGUGCUGAUAUUGAGGAGCUAGUCUAUCUCAGGUGGAUCAAUGCCUGCUUACGAUAUAAACUACGGAACUAUCAGGCUCCAACUGGUAAAACACUGGCAAGGGAUCUCAGUAAGACCCUGAGCCCCAAGUCAGAGGAGAAAGUGAAGCAGCUCAUACUUGAGUACGCAAAUUCAGAGGGAUUUGGCGACAAGGGUGCCAGUAUUGUAGAUUUUGAUUCUGAUCAGUGGUCAUCAUCCCAAGCUUCUUACCACACAGAUUCAGGUGAAUAUUAUGAUGCAUAUUCUGAUUUUUUAUCUGCACCGAGAACCCACACCUCACCCAAAACAAAAUUUUUCAAUCGGCUCAAACGCCUUGUACUUGGGAAGGUUAGUCAUAAUCGGACAUCACCAGGUAGGUAGAAACAAUACAUGUUUCUCUCGAUCAGGCAGGAAUGAGUCUGCCUCCACUACUUCAUUUGAGGACCUGGGGGGAGAUUCUUGUGAUACCAUUUCUUCUCACCACAAUUCAAGUAUCAUGGAAACAGAUCUAAUGGGGAUUGUAGCCAGGACUUGUGGACAAUCAACCCAGAUCACUCUUUCUCAGGGGGUUUCCUCUAGGCCUUCCUCGGAUAUCCAAAGACUAAGAAACCUGCACUUGGAAGAGAUGAGGGACGAGGAAAGAAACAGUAAUGUGGGAUCAUCAUUUGGGUACAUGAGAAUGGUUUUGAAUACGAAUGGUAUUAAUGGUUUGCCCUCUCACAAUCAGCUUGAUGAGGAUAACCCUGGUGUCCGUGAGAAGUUGGAAUUAAUAAAUUUCGCAGAAGUUCUGAGGGUCUCCUCGUGAAACUUCCAAGUCCAGUAAGUCAACAGGCUAUGGUUCUUAGUAUGCAGUAUAAGCUCUUAGCCUCACCAUUUCUGCAGCAUGGGCUGUUCAGAAAAUCUCGGAAUAUAUAUAUAUAUAUAUAUAUAUAUAUACACAUACACUAGUCAACUUGUAAAUACUAUUUUUUUUAUACAAACUAGAGUGAUAAAAAUUAACCAAAAAGAAGCAAGCAAAACAGGGCAGCCUGUGUAACCAUUGAUGAGACAGGACAAGUAAUCUGAUGAAUCAGAUGCAAAGAGUCCCUAUCUUUUCUUUCAAAUGGAAGUAAAGAUUAUAUCAUAGAUGGUAAUACUGUCCCUUGGAUGACUCAGUUUUUGAUUUUAAUAUUCAAAUAUGAGUCUGAUCAUCCAUAUUUCUUAUACCGAAGCUUCCCUGUAAUGAGGAUGAAGAUGAAGAUGCAUUAUAUACAUAUUGAUUAAUGAUUCUCCCAAA